AUGGCCACCAUCGAGACCCAGGGGGAUGGGGAUGGGAAUGCAUUCAAACCAUAUGACCAAUUUAUUCUCUUUGGAGACUCCAUCACUCAAAUGGCCUGCAACCAAGAGCUAGGUUUUGCAUUUCAUGCUGCGCUCCAAGAAUCCUACAGUCGUAGAUUGGAUGUUGUCAACCGCGGCCUAGCUGGAUAUUCAACCGCCCAUGCUGUAAAGGUCUUUGAUAAGUUCUUCCCUUUGCCGCAAACAGCUAAUGUGCGACUCAUGACUAUCUUCUUCGGUGCCAACGAUGCGUGCGUUCCAACACACAGCCAGCAUGUGCCCCUGGAUCAAUAUAAAGAGAACUUGAAGACAAUCAUUCAACACCCAGCGACACGCGCACAGAACCCACGACUCAUUUUGAUCAGCCCACCUCCCAUCAAUGAAUAUCAACUGGAGAAAUUCGAUGCUAUAAAGAAUACCCCGUUCCCAAGCAGAACUGCGAGCUUCACAAAGUCGUAUGCAGCGGCUGCGUGCGAGGUUGGUGCAUCGCUCAAUAUCCCGGUGGUGGAUCUAUGGUCCGCCUUCAUGAAGACCACUGGAUGGAAGGAGGGAGAACCUCUAGUUGGGGCUCAUGAUGUGCCAAGCAAUGAGAGAUUGGCUAGUUUGCUCAUUGAUGGUCUGCAUCUGUCUCCGGCUGGGAACCGCAUCGUCUACGAUGAAAUUAUGAAGGUAAUCCAGGCCAAUUGGCCUGAUCAAACUCCAGAGGCUCUUCCAAUGGUGUUCCCCUCGUGGGGUGAUGCACCCAAAUGA